AUGGGGCUGAUAAAAAAUUGGAAACCCAUUGUCAAGAGAUUCGAAGAAAAACUUACUUCAUGGAAAGCUCGAACGCUGUCGUUUGGCGGUAGGUUAACACUCAUUGAAGCGGUACUAGUGGUUGCUCCAAAAAAUAAAGGGGGAUUGGGUGUCGGGAGUUUGGCGGCAUCUAAUAAAGCAUUAAUGAUUAAAUGGUUAGUUCGUUUCAAGAACGAGCCUGCCUCUUUAUGGGCCAGAUCUAUUACGGCUAUUCAUGGUGAUUCAAGGUGCCACUCUUACAUACCGUUGAAAAGCUCGAUUGGUGGUGUUUGGAAGUCAAUAGUUAAUUUGGGACGCAAAUCUCAAAUUCAGUCGAUCAAUGCUGGAAACAGUACACUUAGGGAGAUGUUCCCGGAUCUUUAUGAAUUGGAAAGUGAUAAAAGAUGUUUUGUUUCUGAUAGAUACAUUAUGAAUCAUGAAUCUAUCGAUUGGUUUUGGGGGAGCGGUAACCCUUUAUCAAAUGCUAAUAAUAUUGAGGAGUGGGCUGCAUGCUUGUCAAUACUACAAAACGUUGUGAUUAAUCGGGAUUCGGACGUUUGGUUAUGGAAGUCGAGCGAAAAGGUGGCUGAUUUCGCGGUGAGUGCAGUAAGAAACGAACUGGACUAUAUUGAUACUAUCAAAGAAACUAAAGUUCUGUGCUGGCUGCACUGGAUCCCGAAAAAAGUAAACUGCUUCUUAUGGCGGGUGGUGCUGGACAGGAUAGCUACACGAGAAGCUCUUAUGAUCCGUCGUUUCCAUCUGCCAUCCAAUCAAUGUAUCCUUUGUAACAACACGUUGGAAUCGGCGGACCAUCUCUUGGUGUCAUGUGAAACGGCUAAACAGGUUUGGCUCAUAAUUUUCCAAUGGAUGAAAUUACCUAUUCCGAGCUAUAUGAUAAGUGUUGUUCAAGUAUUGGAAAUUAUUAACUCUUACAAGUCUCAAAAGAAUACGAAAAGGGCGAUAUAUGCAGUGGUUGCGGCUACAUGCUGGAAUUUAUGGAAAAUGAGGAAUGAAAUUAUUUUCAAACAAAAAGCAUUCUCGGUGGCAAAGCUGAUCGGGGACAUUAAAGCUAUCUCGUUCACAUGGAUAAAGAAUAGAGCCGACCUCGGGGAGCUUAAUUGGGAGAAAUGGAGAAGCUUUAAAAUAUAA